CCGGGAGCCACUAGAAAGUCCGCCGCGCGAGCCGGUGGCGCUCCCUGGCGGAGCUCUGGACGCUCCACCCACUCCCAGCGUUCAGUGCGGUGCCCUGGCCGCCAUUGUUUGAAUUUGAAAACGCUAACAUCGCAGUGCUUCUCGCGGGUCCGGCUAACCAGACGACGUUUGCAGAAUGGAAUCUAAUUUUUAUCAAGAGGGAGUACCUCGACCAUCUUAUGUUUUUAGUGCUGACCCAAUUGCAAGGCCUUCAGAAAUAAAUUUUGAUGGCAUUAAGCUUGAUCUGUCUCAUGAAUUUUCCUUAGUUGCUCCAAACACUGAGGCAAACAGUUGCGAAUCUAAAGAUUAUCUCCAGGUUUGUCUUCGAAUAAGACCAUUUACACAGUCAGAAAAAGAACAUGAGUCUGAGGGCUGUGUGCAUAUUCUGGAUUCACAGACUGUUGUGCUGAAAGAGCCUCAAUGCAUCCUUGGUCGGUUAAGUGAGAAAAGCUUGGGGCAGAUGGCCCAGAAAUUCAGUUUUUCCAAGGUUUUUGGCCCAGCAACUACACAGAAGGAAUUCUUUCAGGGUUGCAUUAUGCAACCAGUAAAAGACCUCUUGAGAGGACAAAGUCGUCUGAUUUUUACUUACGGGCUAACCAAUUCAGGAAAAACAUAUACAUUUCAAGGCACAGAAGAAAAUAUGGGCAUUCUGCCUCGAACUUUGAAUGUAUUAUUUGAUAGUCUUCAAGAAAGACUGUAUACAAAGAUGAACCUUAAACCACAUAGAUCCAGAGAGUACUUACGGUUAUCCUCAGAACAAGAGAAAGAAGAAAUUGCUGGCAAAAGUGCAUUGCUUCGGCAAAUUAGAGAGGUUACUAUGCAUAAUGACGGUGAUGAUACUCUUUAUGGAAGUUUAACUAACUCUUUGAAUAUCUCAGAGUUUGAAGAAUCCAUAAAAGAUUGUGAACAAGCCAGCUUGAAUAUGGCUAAUAAUAUAAAAUUUUCUGUGUGGGUUUCUUUCUUUGAAAUUUACAAUGAAUAUAUUUAUGACUUGUUUGUUCCUGUAUCAUCUAAAUUCCAAAAGAGAAAGAUGCUGCGCCUUUCCCAAGAUGUAAAGGGCUAUUCUUUUAUAAAAGAUCUACAAUGGAUUCAAGUAUCUGAUUCCAAAGAAGCCUAUAGACUUUUAAAACUAGGAAUAAAGCACCAGAGUGUUGCCUUCACAAAAUUGAAUAAUGCUUCCAGUAGGAGUCACAGCAUAUUCACUAUUAAAAUAUUACAGAUUGAAGAUUCUGAAAUGUCUCGUGUAAUUCGAGUCAGUGAAUUAUCUUUAUGUGAUCUUGCUGGUUCAGAACGAACUAUGAAGACACAGAAUGAAGGUGAAAGGUUAAGAGAGACUGGGAAUAUCAACACUUCUUUAUUGACUCUGGGAAAGUGUAUUAACGUCUUGAAGAAUAGUGAAAAGUCAAAGUUUCAACAGCAUGUGCCUUUCCGGGAAAGUAAACUGACUCACUAUUUUCAAAGUUUUUUUAAUGGUAAAGGGAAAAUAUGUAUGAUUGUCAACAUCAGCCAAUGUUAUUUAGCCUAUGAUGAAACACUCAAUGUAUUGAAGUUCUCAGCCAUUGCACAAAAAGUUUGUGUCCCAGACACUUUAAAUUCCUCUCAAGAGAAAUUAUUUGGACCUGUCAGAUCUUCUCAAGAUGUAUCACUAGACAAUAAUUCAAAUAAUAAAAUACUAAAUGUAAAAAGAGCCACCAUUUCAUGGGAAAAUAGUCUGGAAGAUUUGAUGGAAGACGAGGAUUUAGUUGAGGAGCUAGAAAACUCUGAAGAAACUCAAAAUGUGGAAACUAAACUUAUUGAUGAAGAUCUAAAUAAAACAUUAGAGGAAAAUAAGGCUUUCAUUAGCCACGAGGAGAAAAGAAAACUGUUGGACUUAAUAGAAGACUUGAAAAAAAAACUGAUAAAUGAAAAAAAGGAAAAGUUAACCUUGGAAUUUAAAAUUCGAGAAGAAGUUACGCAGGAGUUUACUCAAUAUUGGGCUCAACGGGAAGCUGACUUUAAGGAAACUCUGCUUCAAGAACGAGAGAUAUUAGAAGAAAAUGCUGAACGUCGUUUGGCUAUCUUCAAGGAUUUGGUUGGUAAAUGUGACACUCGAGAAGAAACGACGAAAGACGUUUGUGCCACAAAAGUUGAAACUGAAGAAACACAUAAUUUUGUAGGAUUUGAAGAUAUUAUUGAUUCUCUUCAAGAUAAUGUGGCUGAUAUUAAGAAACAGGCUGAAAUUGCUCACUUAUAUAUUGCAUCUCUUCCUGACCCCCAGGAAGCUAUUGCUUGUUUAGAACUAAGGUUUAAUCAAAUUAAAGCUGAAUUAACUAAAACCAAAGAAGAAUUAAUCAAAACGAAAGAAGAGUUAAAAAAGAGAGAAAAUGAAACAGAUUCAUUGAUUCAAGAGCUUGAAACAUCUAAUAAGAAAAUAAUUACACAGAAUCAAAGAAUUCAAGAAUUGAUAAAUACAAUUGAUCAAAAAGAAGGUAUUAUCAAUGAAUUUCAGAACCUGAAGUCUCAUAUGGAGAAAACAUUUAAAUGCAAUGACAAGGUUGAUACAUCUUCUUUAAUAAUAAACAGUAAAUUGAUUUGUAAUGAAACAGUUGAAGUGCCUCAGGACAGCAAAACUAAAAUCUGUUCAGAAAGAAAAAGAGUAAAUGAAAAUGAACUUCAACAAGAUGAACCACCAGCAAAGAAAGGAUCUAUCCAUGUUAGUUCAGCUAUCACUGAAGACCAAAAGAAAAGUGAAGAAGUGCAACCGAACAUUGCAGAAAAUGAAGACAUUAGAGUUUUACAAAAAAAUAAUGAAGGACUGAAAGCACUUUUACUCACUAUUGAGAAUGAACUUAAAAAUGAAAAGGAAGAAAAAGCAGGAUUAAAUAAACAGAUUGUUCAUUUUCAGCAGGAACUUUCUCUUUCUGAAAAAAAGAAUUUAACUUUAAGUAAAGAGGUCCAAGAAAUUCAGUCAAACUAUGACAUUGCGAUUGCUGAAUUACAUGUGCAAAAAAGUAAAAAUCAAGAACAGGAGGAAAAGAUCAUGAAAUUGUCACAUGAGAUAGAAACUGCUACAAGAAGCAUUACAAAUAAUGUUUCACAAAUAAAAUUAAUGCACACGAAAAUAGACGAACUACGUACUUUUGAUUCAGUUUCUCAGCUCUCAAACAUAGAUUUGCUCAAUCUCAGGGAUCUGUCAAUUGGUUCUGAGGAGGAUAAUUUGCCAAAUACACAGUUACACCUUUUAGGUAAUGAUUACUUGGUAAGUAAGCAAGUUAAAGAAUAUCGAAUUCAAGAACCCAAUAGGGAAAGUUCUUUCCACUCUAGUAUUGAAGCUAUUUGGGAAGAAUGUAAGGAGAUUGUGAAGUCCUCCUCCAAAAAAAGUCAUCAGAUUCAGGAAUUGGAACAACAAAUUGAAAAAUUGCAGGCAGAAGUAAAAGGCUGUAAGGAUGAAAACAAUAGACUAAAAGUAGAGGAGAAUGAGCAUAAAAACCAAGAUGACCUACUAAAAGAAAAGGAAACUCUUAUACAGCAGCUGAAAGAAGAACUGCAAGAAAAAAAUGCUAGUCUUGACAUUCAAAUACAGCAUGUAGUUGAAGGAAAGAGAGCACUUUCAGAACUCACACAAGGUGUUACUUGCUAUAAGGCAAAAAUAAAGGAACUUGAAACAAUUUUAGAGACUCAGAAAGUGGAACGUAGUCAUUCAGCAAAAUUAUUAGAACAAGACAUUUUGGAAAAGGAAUCUGUCAUCUUAAAGCUAGAAAGAAAUCUGAAGGAAUUGCAAGCACAUCUUCAGGAUUCUGUCAAAAACACCAAAAAUUUAAGUGUAAAGGAAGUCAAACUGAAAGAAGAAAUCACACAAUUAACAAAUAAUUUGCAAGAUAUGAAGCAUUUACUUCAAUUAAAAGAAGAAGAAAAAGAAACCAACAGGCAAGAAACAGAAAAAUUGAAAGAGGAACUCUCUGCAAGCUCUGCUUGUACCCAGCAUCUGAAAGCAGAUCUUCAAAGGAAGGAAGAAGAUUAUGCUGAGCUGAAAGAGAAACUGACUGAUGCCAAAAAGCAGAUUGAGCAAGUACAAAAAGAGGUAUCUGUAAUGCGUGAUGAGGAGAAAUUACUGAGGAUUAAAAUUAAUGAAUUGGAGAAAAAGAAAAACCAGUGUUCUCAGGAACUAGAUAUGAAACAGCGAACCAUUCAGCAACUCAAGGAGCAGUUAAAUAAUCAGAAAGUGGAAGAAGCUAUACAACAGUAUGAGAGAGCAUGCAAAGAUCUAAAUGUUAAAGAGAAAAUAAUCGAAGACAUGCGAAUGACACUAGAAGAACAGGAACAAACUCAGGUAGAACAAGAUCAAGUGCUUGAGGCUAAAUUAGAGGAAGUUGAAAGGCUGGCCACAGAAUUGGAAAAAUGGAAGGAAAAAUGCAAUGAUUUGGAAACCAAAAACAAUCAAAGGUCAAAUAAAGAGCAUGAGGACAACACAGAUGUGCUUGGAAAGCUCAGUGAUCUUCAAGAUGAGUUACAGGAAUCCGAACAGAAAUAUAAUGCUGAUAGAAAGAAAUGGUUAGAAGAAAAAAUGAUGCUUAUCACUCAAGCGAAAGAAGCAGAGAAUAUACGAAAUAAAGAGAUGAAAAAAUAUGCUGAAGACAGGGAGCGUUUUUUAAAGCAACAGAAUGAAGUGGAAAUACUGACAGCCCAGCUGACAGAGAAAGAUAGUGACCUUCAAAAGUGGCGAGAAGAACGAGAUCAACUGGUUGCAGCUUUAGAAAUACAGCUAAAAGCCCUGAUAUCUAGUAAUGUACAGAAAGAUAAUGAAAUUGAACAACUAAAAAGGAUCAUAUCAGAGACUUCUAAAAUAGAAACACAAAUCAUGGAUAUCAAGCCCAGACGUAUUAGUUCAGCAGAUCCUGACAAACUUCAAACUGAACCUCAAUUGACAAGUUUUGAAAUUUCCAGAAAUAAAGUAGAGGAUGGAUCUGUAGUCCUUGACUCUUGUGAAGUGUCAACAGAAAAUGAUCAAAGCACUCGAUUUCCAAAACCUGAAUUAGAGAUUCAGUUUACACCUUUACAGCCAAACAAAAUGGCAGUGAAACACCCUGGUUGUACCACACCAGUGACAGUUAAGAUUCCUAAGGCUCGGAAGAGGAAGAGUAAUGAAAUGGAGGAGGACUUGGUGAAAUGUGCAAAUAAGAAGAAUGCUACACCCAGAACUAAUUUGAAAUUUCCUGUUUCAGAUGAUAGAAAUUCUUCUGUCAAAAAGGAACAAAAGGUUCCCACACAUCCAUCAUCUAAGAAAACGUAUUCUUUACGGAGUCAGGCAUCCAUAACUGGUGUAAACCUGGCCACUAAGAAAAAAGAAGGAACACUACAGAAAUUUGGAGACUUCUUACAACAUUCUCCCUCAAUUCUUCAAUCAAAAGCAAAGAAGAUAAUUGAAACAAUGAGCUCUUCAAAGCUCUCAAAUGUAGAAGCAAGUAAAGAAAAUGUGUCUCAACCAAAACGAGUCAAACGGAAAUUAUACACAACUGAAAUUUCAUCUCCUAUUGAUAUAUCAGGCCAAGUGAUUUUAAUGGACCAGAAAAUGAAGGAGAGUGAUCACCAGAUUAUCAAACGACGACUUCGAACAAAAACAGCCAAAUAAAUCACUUAUGGAAAUGUUUAAUAUAAAUUUUAUAGUCAUAAUCAUUGGAACUUGCAUCCUGGCUUUGUAAAGAUAAUUGUAUAUAUUAUGCAUUAAAUCACUCUGCAUAUAGAUUUGCUGUUUUAUACAUAGUAUAAUUUUAAUUCAAUAAAUAAGUCAAAAUUUGUGUAUUUUUAUAAGCCUUUUUUGUAAUAGCUUCUUUCAAACUGUAUUUCCCUGUUAUCUCAGGCAUUGGAUCAGUGAAGAGCCUAGGAAAGAGGCUGUUAUUCUCAUGUAUUUUGCUAUGCAGGAUGUAAUAGGUCAGAUAUUUGGUUUUCUUGUAUUUAACAAUGUCUUAUGAAUUGUUUUUUACUUUAUCUGUUAUACAACUGGUUUUACAUAUCUGUUUAGAUUAUAGCUAGGAUUUGGAGAGUGUGUACAGAUCACAAAACAUGUAUAUACAUUAUUUAGAAAAGAUCUCAAGUCUUUAAUUAGAAUGUCUCACUUCUUUUAUAAAAAUUUUGUGGGUACAUAGUACAUGUAUAUAUUUAUGGGGUUCAUGAGAUGCUUUGACACAGGCAUGCAAUGUGAAAUACGUACAUCAUGGAGAAUGAGGUAUCCAUCCCCUCAAGCAUUUUUCCUUUGAAUUACAAAUAAUCCAGUUACAUUCUUUAAAUCAUUUAAAAAUAUACGAGUAAGUUAUUAUUGAUUAUAGUCACCCUAUUGUGCUAUCAAAUAGUAGAUCAUACUCAUUCUUUUUAUUUCAUUUGUUUUUGUACCCAUUAACCAUCCCCACCUUCCCCUGCAACCCUCAGUACCCUUACCAGACACUGGUAACCAUUCUUCUACUCUGUAUGUCCAUAAGGUCAAUUGAUUUUAUUUUUAGAUCCCAUAAAUAAAUGAGAACAUGCA